UAGAGGGCGGGUAAUCACAUUUGGUAACGACGUAAAAUAUAUACCCCGAUUUCUUCACUGAAGGGGAAGGCGUGAGCCUGAGCGAGCUUGGCAAGUCAUGUGACUUUGGCUGGCGUCACAUGACCAGAAGGAAACGAGAAAGGAGAAGUGUCUGCUGCUACCCGGGGGUUUUGCAAAGGGCUCGGGUCGCGCCAUGCUCUCCCGGCUGCUGAGAGAGCACCAGGCGAAGCAGAGCGAGAGGAAGGAGUUGCAAGAACGGCGCCGGCGAGAGGCUAUUGCUGCAGCUACUUGCUUAACAGAAGCCCUGGUUGACCACUUAAAUGUGGGGGUGGCGCAGGCCUAUGUGAAUCAAAGGAAGCUUGACCAUGAGGUGAAGACACUGCAGAUCCAGGCUGCUCAGUUUGCCAAGCAGACAGGCCAGUGGAUCAGCAUGGUGGAAAACUUCAACCAGGCACUGAAGGAAAUUGGUGAUGUGGAAAACUGGGCACGCAGCAUCGAGAUGGAUAUGCGGACGAUCGCCACAGCCCUGGAAUAUGUCUAUAAAGGCCAGCUGCAGCCUUCCACUUCUUGAGAUGGGCCCUUGCCUGUUGAGCCUCGGCGGCCACAUAACUUAAGAUUCCUUCUCUCGUUGUGGCGUGCCAGCUGAGGGCAGCCGUGGCGCAUGUUUCCCUGCCUGCCAGCCUUUGCUCAGCUUCUGUCGCUGCAACGUGCGGCUGCUGUAAGAGUCACUGCUGGGCCUUAUCUCUGGCCCCGGCUGUCUCCGAGGAAGUGUGGUUCUUUCCUGUUUCUGGGGAAAUAGAAGCAGCCUGGCAUGAGGCGAGGGGGAAAAGGUCCUGCUUACCACAUUGAAAGGAGAAGGGUUGUGCUUUUUCCAGUGCAGCCCUUCGGGGAUCUCUGCUGUGAAGUUAAGAGUGAUGGAUUAAAAAUAAAAAACAGAAUUUCCAAACAAACUGCAGAUGUUGUGAGAUCCACUUACGCGAGCCAGGUGUGCCCAGCCCCACUUCAGAGAGUACAAGCACGGGUGGCUUUCCUCCUUCUCUGGCCCAAAGAAGGCAGCCCCAUGGAGAUGGGAGUCCUUCAGAGUAGGCUUGGCCGGGUGCCCAUUAGGUCUCCCAGCCUGGCCUCCUCAUCCUCUUUAGUUCUUAAAUCCCUCUCUGAAGGUCUUUUUCAAGCCUUAACAAAGGAACCCUUUCUCAGGCUAGUUUGUUUUUAAUCUACUGUGAUUCAGCCCACAGUACACGCUUGCUCAACAGGGUAACGUAAAAGGAGAGGAGGGUUCAGCCCCAUGUUGUAACCUGCCCCCCUUUUGCUGCAUAGGAAACAAAAUAUUCUGAUAUGGUUAAGGAGAAACUGUUGUUCAAGUAAGCUCUCCCAUCUCCUUCCACUCUUAAUUCUUACCAGAUGCGUUACUUAAUAUGUCGUCUUCCAGCUUCUUAAAAUGGGUGUUAGCUGGCAGGAUUUCCUGCUUCCCCUCCCUUGUGUAUGUGUGUGCAGAUCUACCUCCCAUCUGCUUCCAUAGUUACAGGGAUGAGGAGCUGUUGAAUCAAUAAUGCCUUUUCAUUGCAUUUCUUAUGGGCAAGAGCACAGAGGGUCACAAGAUUAGGAGGCAGAAUUUGGCAGUGAAAUCUCAGCUUUUAAACACUCUCCUUCACCCUUCCUAUUCAACUGUUUGUCUCGUUCAUUUGUUGCAGCCGCUUUCUUGCCAACCCAGAAGGCUCCACCCCAUUUAAAAACAGGGACGUGGUGUGUUGUUGUCCUUUCCAUUCUAGUUCUUGCAGUUCCCAAGAAGUCAAACUAUGAUGUUAGAGGGAGCGCAUCAUUUCAAGCUGGAACCUCUUUAGUGUUCCUGAGACAUGAUUAUGGCAGACCUUCAUGCUUUGAGCAGUCAUACUACAGAUGAAACCCAUGUUCACAUUCUGAUGAAAAAUUAUACAACAAAGCUGGUUAUUUUGUAAGCUACAAGGAGGCAUGACAAUCUUAUGCCAUGACACUUGUUCAAUACAUAACGAAUGCUCUCUUCUAAGGAUAUGCUGUCUUUAGCAUGUUGUGGCAAAUUUCCUAUGUUUGUCACUCGGUACUGCAGGAAAUGCGUAGAAACCAGUUCCUGUGAGAAAUGGUUGAAGGAACUCAGCACAUUUAAACUGGAGGAAAGGGAGAGGUAAUAGGAUAGACGUGAUGUGGCAACCAGGUUUUCUGCAGCUCCAGAAGGUAGUGGAUUUAAAUUGCAAGAAAGGAUAUUUCACUAAACAUUAGGAGGAACAGCCAUUUAACAGCAGGAUGGAUUGUUUGGGAGGUGGUAGGCUCUUCUUCAUCUGAGCUUUUAAAAAAAGAGAUUGGAUUGCAGGAGAUCUGCAAUCUUGAGGUGUGGAUCUCCUUAAUUGGUAGAGGCUUGGGCCCUUGGAAUCCUCUCUGGCUGUACAAUUCUAGGCAAGAGAAGUCUCAAUAUUUGGCAGCAGAAUUAAAAGAUGGAAAGUGUUGCUGACUAAAAGUAGAGGAGCCCUUUUUUUUCUUUCAACAGACACCUGUAUGAUUUUCUUUCUAGUGUGUGGAUGUAUCUUUAUUCUAAAGAGCAUUGCUGAGCUGUUCCUCUCCCAUUUUGGCACCCAGUUCAUGAACAUGUAUUGUAGGACAUCCAUGUACAGUACAGACAGGGUACAUGAUACAUAAAGAAUCUGACAUUACUCAAUGUUUGUUCAGAGAAAACGUGAGCACUCGGGCAUCUUCCUUUGAAUCUGGCAAUGUGCUGCUCUGAAGCACGAAGGGGGCUGUUUUUCUACCUCAAAGUCUCCUCCCUGCCCUUCACCACUUAAAUGAAAAACCACUUCGGGAGUGGUCACUUCCUCUGUGCUUCUUGCUUGAUCGUGCCUCACAGAUUGACUAAUGAACAAACCAGAAGCAUGCCAGCACCAUCCAGACAUGUUAGAUGAACCACUCCCGUUCUCUGGAAGGUACCUGGUUUGAGAAAGCCUGCUGUGUGUAUGUAUGCAUGUAUAUAUGUUUAUAUGCCACUUUUCUCCUAAUGGAUCUUCGGUAAGUUAAAGUAUUAAAAAGCAAAGUUAAAAGCUAAAUAAUAAGUUACAAUAUUUAAAACAUUUUCAACAUACUAUAUUAAAAACUCACAAAUAAGAACAAUAUAAAAAAACACAGGUAAAACAAUGGAAUAAAAACAAUCCUUGAAUAAGCUGACUGAAGAAGUUAUUUGGAUGAGCAGCAAAAUG